AUGCAGGUGGCCCUUCCGCCAAGUGCCCAGAGCCUCUCUGACCCUCUGCAGCUCUCGGUGGCCACCGUGUUUCUCACUGCCCUAUGGGAGCCAACCACCAUAGGGGACAGCCCCUCUGGUCUGACCUCCUGGGCCGGCGUGGAAGCAGUUUGCACAGAGCAAUGCCGGGCACUGCAGAUCCAGGCCGUAAAGGAGAAGACGGUCAAGAACAGAGCCACGCUGGCUCUCCUGCACAGCACCGUCCGCCGUGGGGCCCAGGACUGGGCUUUGGCCAAGAAGUAUGACCAGCAGACCAUCUCCAGGGCCUGCGGGAAGGACGUUCCCAUGAGGUUGGCACACUGCCGCUGCUCCAUGGAGGUGGCGCGGGAGAAGCUGCGAAAGUACGUCUUCGACCGCGUGAACGUGCACAACGUACUGAUCCACCUGGUGCGACGGCGGGAGCAGAAGCUGGAGAGCAUGAAGCUGGAGCUGGCUAGUUUGCGGAGGCAGCCCGACAACACCAAGGAGGAGCAGCGCCUGCGGCAGGUCAUCCGCCAGCUGGAGAACAACAUUGAAAAGACCGUGAUCAAGAUCACCGCAAGCCAGAACAUCUACCUGCUGUACGUGGACCUGCUGGAUUAUCUGAAGAAAGAACUGGCCAGCUACCCCACAGGGCUGGACAAGCUGCAGAAUCUCGUGGGUGACUACUGCUCAGAACUGUCAGACAUGAUCGUCAUGUCCCAGGAUGCCAUGAUGAUUACAGAUGAGGUCAAGGUGAGCUCAAGGACCGCACGGCGGCGGGAGGCCCCGCCCCCGCAGGAGACGUCGCUCAUCCCCUCCUCCCCCUCCUCCCCCUCCUCCCAGGGCCGGCGGGACUUGGACUUCCCCUCCAGUCUCGUGGGUGCAGAAACCGUGAAAGGUAACCUGAAAGUGAGGAAAAGAGAGACCUCCCAGGCUGAUAUCCAAUACCGGACAGACGUGACUGCUUUGGUGGAGAAAGUGAAGAUGGCUGUGCAAUGCUCCCACCUCUGGGACAUCGCCAGCCGCUUCCUGGCUCAGAGGACCACGGAAGAGAACCUCGGGCUGCAGGUGGAGGGCUGCGAGCGGCGGCGGGUGCAGCUGGAGGCCCUGAUGAAGAAGCUGGCAGCGGAGGAGACCGCGCUCAAGUUCCGCCAGACGCCCAGCUCGGCCAGCUUUAAGUCUGUCGAGAAGAAAAUGAAGGACAUGCUGAGAGAGGAGGAAGAAAGGCUCCAGCUGGCCUACUCCAACAUGACCAAGAGCCAGAAGCUGCUGCUGACCAUCCAGAUGGGCAUUGACAACCUCUACGCCCGGCUGAUCGGCAUUGCGCUGCCCACAGCCCAGAAAGAAGUGCUCUCCAACACCCUCGACGUGUCCAGCAAGCUGGCAUACUGUGAGGGAAAGCUCCUGUACCUGGCCGACAGACUGCAGGCGCUGUCCAGGACCGAGGAGGUCAACGCAAAGGUGAGGGAUACCCUGGAGUCCUCAACUCUGAAGGAGAAGCAGAACCAGAGGAUCAGCUUUGAAGACCUGGAGGACGAUGUGAUAGCCACCGACGACAUCGUGAAGGUUGAGGUCUGGGACGUAGUUGACAAAGGGAAGUGCAGGCGGCGAGGUGACGGCCUGAAGGUGGAGAACGACCCCCAGGAGAUGGUCUCACGAUUGGCAGGCAGCCUCCUUGAUCCCCUCUAG